AUUAAAAUAAUACGAUGAUUAGUAUUAAUUGUUGCGAUUAUCGAUGCUAAUUUUUUGCCGUAUAAAAUUUGGCGUAGCUGCGAAAAUUCAUUGCACAGUGUGCACUCCAACGAAUAAAAACUCUUUUUAUUUUAAUUUCUCACUUGUUUCUCUUCACCGCUUCGUAAUACGUGUGUCUUCUUCUUCUUCCUUUCCCCCCCUGUCAACUUCUCUCUUCUCCCACUUCUCUCUCUCUCUCUCUCUCUCUCUCUCUCUCUCACACACACACACACACAAACACAAACACGUCGUUCUACGUGUAUAUACAAUUGUAUCUAUUAUCCUUUUUUGAAUUUUUUGUGUACUUACAUAGUGUAAAACAAACAGUAUUUGGUAUAUAAACCUAGGUGAAGCUUCAAUUUCAGCUGUGAAAUUCAAUUAUUUGGUGAUGGUAUUUGCCUCGAAUUCGUCGAAUCGGUGUGUAGAAAGUCUGUUAUAAGUGACAAUCGAAAGCAGUAGCUGCCUAUGAAAGGGUCGACUUCAUGGAGGUGGCUGUUGAAGAAGCAAUAUUUCUUAUUUGAUGGGAUAGUAUGUGGAGCAAAGAUGAAACAGUUGCCGUUUAUGGGAGUUGUCUGUACAGUGAUGUUGUUCAUUAUAUAUAGGACCACAAAUUACCAGCAUCAACAGACAGAGAUGGACUCGAGGUCUAAUCCUUUCUACACGUCGAAGUACAUAGGUGAAGAUACUACAGGCUUGAAUAGCCUGCCACGUGGCAUCAUCGAAGCAAAGUCAGACCUGGAUUUAAAGCCUUUAUGGACAACAAGCAGUUCUAAGUCACAGAUAAAUGUACGGAGUUCCAGUAACUUGUUAGCAAUGCCCGUUGGAAUCAAGCAAAAGCAGAAUGUUGACACUAUUGUUCAAAAGUUUCUUCCAGAGAAUUUUACGAUUAUUUUAUUCCACUAUGACGGAAAUGUGAACGGUUGGUCGGAUCUGGAAUGGAGUAGAGAAGCUGUACAUAUAGUAGCUCAUAACCAAACAAAAUGGUGGUUUGCAAAACGGUUUUUGCAUCCAGCUGUUGUAUCUAUUUAUGAUUACAUAUUCCUCUGGGAUGAAGAUUUAGGAGUCAAUAAUUUCCACCCUGGAAGGUAUCUUGAAAUUGUAAAAUCAGAAGGGCUUGAAAUAUCUCAGCCAGCAUUGGACCCGAAUUCCACUGGGAUACAUCAUAGGAUCACUGUAAGAAAAAGAACAAAGAUUUUCCAUAGAAGAGUCUAUGAUUACAGAGGUAGUACCAAGUGUUUAGAUGAUAGUGAGGGUCCCUCAUGCACUGGAUUUGUAGAGGGAAUGGCUCCAGUAUUUUCAAAAUCAGCCUGGCAAUGUGCCUGGCAUUUGAUACAGAAUGAUCUUGUUCAUGGAUGGGGAAUGGACAUCAAACUCGGGUAUUGUGCACAGGGAGAUCCCACAAAAAAAGUGGGAGUAGUCGAUAGUGAAUAUGUACUUCAUCAGAGUAUACAAACUUUGGGUGGCCCAUCUGCAACGAAGGUCUCGAAGCUCGAAGAUACGAAAGUUAAGAGGCAUACUGUGGAUGUCAGAUCAGAGAUCAGAAGGCAAUCUACAAUAGAGCUUCAAAAGUUUAAGGAGCGAUGGGAACGGGCCGUAGACGAGGACAAGAAAUGGGUCGACCCGUUUCCUUUAACCCGAAAACGCAAGCUUAGACGUAACAACAAACGUAAUUUUUCCAAGGUUUAGCGAAAUUCAGUUUCUUAGGUAGGUUAAAAAGAAAAUACACGCAGUACUCGGGGUACUGUGUUUGAAAAAGUGAACUAGGAUAUUGUGCUUUCAAUAGGAUAUUGUGCUCGAUAUGUUUACGCCAGUUAUAGAAUCUACGAGACUCUUCUUGACUAGGAUUUCGUUUGUAAAGUUUUUAAUGUGAACAAAUGUCGAAAUGAACUCGUUAUUAUUUUAUUUUUUUCGUGAUCUGGCACCUU